AUGGCACUUAAAAUAUUUUCCUUCCUCGUGUUAAUCGUUGCUGCAGUGGCAGCAGAUGAAGAAGCAGCUUCCGCAAAAUUAUUAGUGUCAAAACAAGUACUGAACAAAUACUUAGUCGAAAAUAUGGACAUUCUUAUCAAAUAUACAUUGUAUAAUGUCGGAACAGCACCAGCCGUAGAUGUUAAACUUAUAGACAAUGGCUUUCAUCCUGAAGUGUUCUCAGUUGUCGGUGGUCAACUCUCUGCUGAAAUUGAUAGAAUACCACCACAAACAAAUGUGUCACACGUAGUUACCGUUCGGUCAAACAGAUUUGGUUACUUCAACUUUACUGCAGCAGAAGUAUCAUACCGGCCUAAUGAGGAAUCUACUGAGGUACAAUUGUCAAUCAGCAGUGCACCUGGUGAAGGGGCUAUUGUUGCCUUGAAAGAUUAUGACCGUAAAUUCUCGUCACAUAUUCUUGAUUGGGCAGCUUUUGCAGUUAUGACACUGCCUUCACUAGCAAUUCCAUUUGGUCUAUGGUACUCAUCAAAAAGCAAAUAUGAAAAACUUGCAAAGCCAAAAAAGACUCAUUAG